UUGCGUUCAGGAUGUAGAUGAUGAUAGUAAUAAUCAUUCUUCUGAAGAGCAUACAACUUCUAACUCGCCAACACAACCUAGGCAAAGGAGACGACGUCGGUCAUCUACGUAUGCCUUACUUCAAAUGAAUUUAUCCUUCAGGUCGAAAUAUUGCGUUUCAAUGACUACAUGCUGCCCUGUGGUCAUAUUUUGUAUGCACAUUCUAAAGAUCUGAUUCGUGGAGACUUAUUUCGACAUAGCAACAAGUGGACAAGAAAAUACAUAAUGGACCUGGUUCUUCGUGCGCUGGACAACAUCUCAAUCUCUACAGGGAGUGAUGAUCUGCUAGAGAAGUUCGCUAGCGACUACCACUCAAUCCAUGCUCUUAGUGAACCUUUGGCAAGUAAACUCAUCCGUUCGUGCCUCGAAGCAUCGGAAGACAUAUGUGCACAAUUGAUGAGUUCAAUCGGUGCUAAUGACGAAGCUACAACGUCAGAAUCCAUUGUUAAUACAGACCAUAGCUAUGCUUCUUGAUAACAAGAAGUUAUAAUAUUGUAAUGUUUUUAGUUUUACAUAAAUUCAUUUAUAUGGCC